GCAGGCAAGAAGCAGAGAUCGCGACGUUACGUCGUAGCCAUUUUGUUUCACCGGGAGUAAAGAAACCAACCUUAAAAGCACCGGCGUGAAUAUUUUCCUUUAUUUGGAGCACCUUCAACACGGCGGAUCAGCAUCGUGCACCCAAGUUUAGAUUCGCAUGAUGUCUGGAGACAUGGCCACAGAUCAUGUAAAUGGGAAUGGUACGGAGGAACCCAUGGACACUACAGCGGAGGUGACCCGCUCAGAACACUUCCCAGCUUUACUGGAGGCUGGUUUACCUCAGAAUGUGGCUGAGAAGCUAGAUGAACUUUACGUUGCAGGCCUAGUAGCACAUAGUGACCUAGAUGAAAGGGCUAUUGAAGCUUUGAAAGAAUUCAAUGAAGAGGGAGCCCUGCAAGUGCUGGUCCAGUUCAAAGAGAGUGAUCUGUCACACGUGCAAAACAAAAGUGCCUUUCUCUGUGGGGUGAUGAAGACUUACAGGCAGAGGGAGAAACAAGGGACUAAAGUUUCAGAUUCCACUAAAGGACCAGAUGAGGCUAAAAUCAAAGAACUCCUGGACAGAACCAACUACACACUUGACGUCACAACAGGCCAGCGGAAGUAUGGCGGGCCCCCACCUGAGUCUGUGUACUCUGGUGCCCAACCCAAUGUUGGAACAGAGAUAUUUGUAGGAAAGAUUCCCCGUGACUUGUUUGAAGAUGAGCUGGUUCCUCUCUUUGAGAAGGCUGGGCCUAUCUGGGACCUCAGGCUAAUGAUGGACCCACUGAGUGGCCUGAACAGGGGCUAUGCCUUUGUCACUUUCUGCACUAAAGAAGCGGCCCAGGAGGCAGUGAAGCUGUGCAAUAAUCAUGAGAUUCGCCCUGGCAAGCACAUCGGGGUGUGUAUAUCUGUCGCCAACAACAGGCUAUUCGUUGGCUCCAUUCCCAAGAGUAAAACAAAGGAGCAGAUUGUUGAAGAGUUUGGUAAAGUCACAGAGGGCCUCAGUGAUGUCAUACUGUACCAUCAACCUGAUGACAAAAAGAAGAACAGAGGCUUCUGCUUCUUGGAGUACGAAGACCACAAAACGGCUGCUCAGGCUCGCCGGCGGCUAAUGAGUGGCAAGGUGAAGGUUUGGGGCAAUGUGGUGACAGUAGAGUGGGCAGACCCCAUCGAAGAUCCUGACCCAGAGGUCAUGGCCAAGGUGAAGGUUUUAUUUGUGAGAAAUCUUGCCAAUGGUGUCACAGAGGAGAUCUUGGAGAAGUCCUUUAGUGAGUUUGGAAAAUUGGAGCGAGUUAAGAAGCUUAAAGACUACGCCUUCAUUCACUUUGAAGAGAGGGACGGCGCAGUGAAGGCGUUGGAAGAAAUGAAUGGGAAGGAGCUGGAGGGAGAGCCCAUUGAGAUUGUUUUCGCCAAGCCACCAGAUCAGAAGAGGAAGGAGCGCAAAGCACAGAGGCAAGCAGCCAAAUCACAAAUGUACGAUGAUUAUUACUACUACCCUCCCCCUCCCCACAUGCCGCCUCCUGUCAGAGGCCGAGGCAGAGGCGGCAACCGGGGUGGCUAUGCUUACCCCCCUGACUACUACGGUUAUGAGGACUACUAUGACUACUAUGGCUAUGACUAUCACAACUACCGUGGCGGCUACGAAGACCCCUACUACGGGUACGACGACUUCCAGGCCCCAAGCCGAGGACGGGGCGGCAGCAGGGGCUCCCGGGGAGGAUCCUCUCCAGCCAGAGGACGGGGUGGCGCCGGGGCACCCAGAGGCAGGGCCAACUUCUCCCAGCGGGGGGGUCCCGGACCAGGCCGCGGUGGGCGGGGAGCAAGAGGAGGCGUGCAGCCGAGAGGGCGAGGAGGGGUACGUGGUGCUCGGGGUGGCCGCGGUGGAAAUGUAGGAGGAAAGCGCAAAGCUGAUGGGUACAACCAGCCAGAUUCCAAGCGUCGCCAGACCAAUAAUCAGAACUGGGGCUCUCAACCCAUUGCUCAGCAACCGCUCCAAGGUGGUGAUCAUUCUGCAGGAAAAAGGGGUCGAGGCCGGUCCUGAUGUGUCGCUAUGAAGACUGACCAGUGUAUGGCGUCACACACACUGCAGGCUGCCAGUGGAUGGGAAUGGUAAGGUCAACUGACUCAGUGGUCCAAUGGUAUUCCAGCCUUUUUUUAAGGAGCAGAUCUCCUAAAACUGCCAUGUUCGAAGAUAAUCAGAAGAGCAAAACUUGAGCUUGCUUUUUUUGUUUUAAAAAAGAGGUGACUUUUAAGUUUAUAAGCCCUGUGCCCCCAGCCCCAAAUAUGCCAUUUGAGACUUACUGAGUAGGAGUUCAGAAUGGACAUCCUCCUGGAAAAGUCUUUGCACUUUUUUUGUUUAAGUUUGGAGUGGUUUGGUGGAAUUUGAUGCUUUUCUUUUUGUCUUUUUGAGCUCUUAAACUACAUCUUUUACAAUGGACUAGACCUGAUGAUCUAUGAUUAUCAGAGAUAGUGUUGAGGUGUGAUCAGCUGGUCUUGAAGGUCGGGCAUUCCAGGAAAAUGGUUCUUUAAGAACGUUAGCCACCAAGGGUCCGUUAACUACCUCAGUUUCGAGGACUGGCCUGCUCUGUCCCAUUUUGUACUUGAGGAAACUGAGGCAGGGUUCGACCCCCCAAACUCCCACUCCACCUCAGAGAUAUGCACAGGCAACAACAGAGCACUUAAUGGAUUUUAGCUCUCAGUUGAGACUUGACGUAGGCUGCAGCUGCUGUAGACACGUUAGCUGGUCCUCCUGAAAUGAGCCUGAACGAGCCUUGCUGUCUUGAGAAAUGAACAGAGUGAAUAUGUAGUUUACAGACAGGAGUUGUUUUGUAACUUGUUACUUUUUCUUUGUAAAAUCCUAAAUGCCUGGAAACCACAGUCAUCCUUUGUCUUCCACGAUGGGAAAACUGUCUUUUGUUUUUGUUUGUACCCGUCGAUGUACGGAUGUUUGCAAAGUGAUGUCUCAGGCUGUCUGUUCUGCACAAACAUCUGUGACGUCAGAGGUCAUUCACGGAUGACCACUGACAUCCAGUCGCGCUACCUUUUUUU